CCCCUUUUUGUGCAGUUGUCAUCUGCCUUCUUGUUAUUAAGGCCCAGAUUCUCAAAGAACUGAGUUUUCUAAUUCUUAUUAAAUUCAUGAGAACCAAGUUCUGAAACAAUAAUUGAAAAAGACUUGAGCAUUUUGAAGAUUUCAGCCUAUGUGUUCACAUCGUGUGUUCCUGAUUUAGCCCUGUGGUGACAUUCAUGUACAAUAAAUACUUGUUACCUUUAUGCUUGCUCUGUUCAAACUCAGGUGUUUAAUCGUCAAUUAUGACAGAUGGCAUUAUUAAUUAGAAUGAACCUCUCCCAUACAGGGGGAGAUUAAGUAAGAUUAUGAAUCAGGUCAUACUUCCUAGUUGGAAAGGUAUUUAGAAGAAAGCUUUUUGAGAGAUUGUAAAUGGACUUCAUCCCUUUUAUGUAGGGGAAAAUUGCUGCAUCAGGAGAAGACACAAAAUCAUGUGAAGAAGAGGACCUUAGCCCUGCAGAUUGCAAGAUUGAGUUGUGUAUUGAUGUUCUUGAACAUAUGACUUGGGAAUGAUUAAUUUUCAGUUAUUUUUUGAUUCUUGAGGAGCAGGAAGUAUAGAAAUAUCAAGCUUUUUUACCUUAAUCUUGAAGGAAUGCUGGGUGGCAAGCAAUGGGUUUCACUGGUGGUGAAAAGAGAAUUCAGAGUCCAAAUUACAUAAUUAUUAUUAAUUACUAUUGCUAUUAUAUUAAAUAAAGCAAAUUCCUAUUUUGUAUAUGCAUACAGCUGAGAUUUGAUCAAUUGUCUGCCAUUGAGAUAGAACCAUUUAGCAGAACUGACCAGGUACUCAUAGACAAUAUUCAGAACAUUUAUCUGUCAGCUCCCUGGAUGAAUUUAAUUUCAUUUUAUUUCACAGCAGAAAACAAACCAAACCCUUAGGUUUUGGAGGUUUCUGUUUUGUUUGUGAGGGGGAAUAUGAGUUGGGUUCUGUUUGGGUUUUUUUUCCCCUGCAAAUGCCAUUCUACGCAGCGGCUUUGAUUCUGGAAGUGUUAAGGUUUAAUACAGUCUUGAAGGUUUGCCAAGGGGGUUUUCUCUACCGAGAAAGUUGACUAAUACUAUAAUCUUUCUUAUGUAACUGCUUAAAACUCAAGUGAGAGCUCUUGUCCAGUGUGUAGAUUCACUGUCAUUUAAUAUAUGUAUUUGUCUAGAAAACGGAAGAAAGCAAAUGUAUGAAGUUUUCUUGGUUUGUUCUAAUAGUUUUUUUCCCCACUGAAAACUUGUAUGUAAUUUCCAGUGAUAUGUGAAAUAAUUCUUUGCGUCAAACACAUGCCUCCAUUAUCUAGUUGUAUUUAACUGCUGAUUGAGUAGGUUCUGUACUGCGUGCAAGGAGUAGUAACACUUAGAUUUUUAUCUCAUUUUGUUUCGUAGUGAGAUGUACAGACUGAGGUGCUUCUGGUUUUCUUCUCUGCAGCAUUGAAAUUUAAGUUCCCUGAAAGAUAAAGUCCUAUGAAAUUGCAGCCAUAAUUGAAAGCAGGCGCAGCAUCCUCCUGUGUGUGGAGAGCAAUAGGAGUUGAGAUGAAUUCUCAUCAUACAACCAAGUACCAUGUGACCUCAAACGUUUCUUCAUCUGCUGUGUUGAAACAAGCAGAGGGAAGGCGCUUGGCGUUGCUACUCCCGAGUUUCACCAGCAUGGCACACAUAUUGAAGACACUCAACAGCUGGUUCUGGUGGGAGAAUAUCUGGAUGCCCAUCAAUGUCACGUGGGCGCAUUUUGUAGACCGUGAUGGACUUGUCUUUCCAAAAGCACAUCAGUUAUAUGCCACAAUUCCAUAUGCUUUUGUAUUGCUGAUUAUCCGGUUCUUCAGUGAAAGAUACAUUGCUAUACCUCUAGCAAAAGCCUUGGGUAUAAAGAAUGUAAGACGUGUGAAGCCACAGCCUAAUCCUGUUUUAGAGAGUUAUUUCCGGGAGUGCUCAAAACAUCCAUCCCAAUCAGAUAUUCAAGGACUUGCCAAGAAGUGCAACUGUACCGUCCACUUGGUGGAAAAGUGGUUCAGGAGACGGCGAAACCUGGAGAUCCCAACGGUGCUUCGGAAAUUCCAGGAAGCUUUCUGGCGAUUUUCAUUCUAUCUCACAUCCUCCAUUGCUGGAUUUAUAUUUCUGUAUGAUAAACCGUGGUUUUACGACAUCUGGCAGACGUGGGUUGGCUACCCAUUUCAGACCCUGCUGCCAUCCCAGUAUUGGUACUACAUGGCUGAAAUUAGCUUUUACUGGUCUCUCUUAUUUACCCUGGGGAUUGACAACAGGAGGAAGGAUUUUCUGGCUCAUGUCGUUCAUCACUUGGCAGCCAUUGGGUUGAUGAGUGGCUCUUGGUGCGCUAAUUACGUGCGUCUGGGGACACUGGUGAUGUUUGUGCACGAUACUGCAGAUUUCUGGCUUGAGGCAGCCAAAAUGUUUAAUUACGCUCACUGGGAGAAAACCUGCAAUAUGCUCUUUAUCAUCUUUUCUGUCGUAUUCUUCAUCACAAGAAUCAUCCUGUUUCCCUUCUGGAUUCUUCGUGCCACGUUGUAUCAGCCCACGUUCUACUCCACAACUCCUGUCAUAGCAUAUUUUCUGUUCAAUGGGCAGCUGUUGAUCCUACAAGGCUUGCAUUUAUACUGGGGUUACUUAAUUCUCAAGAUUUUGAAAAGGUUCAUUUUCUUAAAGGACUUGAAAGAUGAUCGAAGUGAUGAAGAGGAGGAAGAUUCUGUUACAGAUAAUGAAGAGGAGCCCAUAAAGAAUGGCAACAAGAACAGCUGUGGGUCAAGCAAACAUCUCCUAAGCAGCAGUCACCACUAGCCCCUUUCUGCCUCACCUCCUGCAGUGAUUUCUGCUCUGGUUUUAACUCAACCUACAGGAUAGAAUUUAAGUCAAAAUUCUUAUGAGAGACUGUGAUUGAUUUAUUGUUGGCUACUGGACCUGGAAAAAAGCCCAGUCUAGAGGGAAGGGAAAAAUUGUGUAGCAUGACAAAACGUGUUAAUGACCCGCUUUGAGAAUCAUUGUGAAGUGUUUGGAAAGACGUUUGGACACACUGAGUGACAGUGCUCCACAAGGUCAAAGCUCAAGAGCGUCAGAUCAUUUAGUGUCCCAAUUCUAACACUGUUUUUCAAUCUGGUAUAAGAUCUGUUUCACCAAAUGGUUUAAUUCACAGAUGUUUUGUGGUAGGUAAGUAGUGUGAAUUCCAUUAGGAACCAAAAUUACUCAAUGUGGGGAAAAUUUGACAGUGGUAUACAGUGCAUUUUAGUCUUUACUUUUCUAUUUAAACCCUCAUCAGAAUAGCUAUUUUUGGGGUUAGAUUUCAUUUCCUGGAGGCCAGUGGAAGCUAACACAAAGGAAGACAAAUUACUUGCCUCUGAAGAGCUGGCUUCACUGCAGAAAUAUAGUCUUUCUCCAAAAUAUGCUGUAUGAUAGAUGGCUCAAAAAUUGUGUUCUAAGACUUACCUGUCAAGGAAAUCACUGUUAAAAUAGCAAAACUCAGCCUCAGUUCUCCACUGGGCUCUGGG